UCGUCUUUGUACGUAGCUAGCUAGGCAUACAUGGACCUGUCUCUGGCCUUAGGUCGCCCGGGAACCGGCGGCAGUGGGGCGGCCGGCCGGCGAGCAUACAGCGGCGGGCUGGCCGAUGAUGAGGCACGGCCGUUGUUCCCGUGCCUCUUUUGCGACAGGAAAUUCCUCAAGCCGCAGGCCCUCGGUGGCCACCAGAACGCGCACAGGGAGGAGCGCGCGGCUGGCUGGAACCCCUACGUCUACGGCCGCCCACCCGCUGACAGUGCCGCCUCGUCUCGCGCCGCCGCCACCGACAACUUCAACCCUAUCGCCACGCACGGUGGUGGCGGGGGCGCCGCCCCACCGCCCCUCCAUGUCGUUCUUGAGGCUGGCACGCUGGCUCCGUCGGCCCACGGCGUGCGAGUGGCAGCCGCGCCCUCAACAGGCCCCCCAAGGCCUUUUUUUGUCGCCGGCGCUGAAAAUUCGGCCCAGCCGCGCCCCCAGAAGCCCAAUUUUCGCGGCUUGGGCCGAUUUUGGCGCCGGCAGACCCAGACCGAUCCUGGCGCGCUGGGGGCGCCGGGGAAAUAG